GGAUGACGUCAAACACAAAAUGGAUGUGAGCGAGUCGCGCGGAGGGGAAACACGGAGCGCGCGAACACGGGCUGAGAUGGAGUCUUUGGUGCACUACAGUAGCCCUGGCCAUGCCAUCUCACUACUGGGUGUCCUAAAUGAGCAGCGUUUGAGGGGUCAUCUCUGUGAUGUGGUUCUAGUGGUUGGAGAGAACCGCUAUCAGGCCCACAGAAGUGUCCUGGCAGCCAGCAGUGAGUAUUUCCAGUCUCUGUUCUCCAGAAGGGACUCGGAGAACCGUGCAGUCAUCCACCUGGACUUCUGCGAGCCUGAUGCCUUUGAGAUUGUGCUGAACUACAUCUACUCCUCGUCCCUGUUUGUGGACAAAUGCAGCCUGGCUGUCGUACAGGAGCUUGGCUACAGCUUGGGCAUUCCCUUCCUGACCAACAUCAUGUCCACCAGGCCGCAGGUGUCUUAUUGCGUGUCCAGAAAGAGGCUGUCUUUCUCCGAGGAGGAUGACGGCGUGUACCCGAAGAGGAGUGUUAUAGUACGCCAAAGUGGGAUGGGUGCCACUCACAGAGGAACUUUCUCAAACCUGCAGGGAAAAGCACCAAAACACACAGACACGACCUCAAACGAGACUCCACCUGCUCGAGCUUUCCGAGAACAGACUCACCUUUCCUCAGGAUAUGUCGAACCAAAUGAAAGGGGGACGAAGGUCCAACCUGUUAGCACGAAUGCUAACGCACAGACAGAGGAUGGUGACUCCAAACCUAUCAUUUCUUCCCUUCCGUCCAUCCUCAAAGGCCACGAGUAUAGGUCACCCUCCGGAAGGCCGCAGUUGACCUCCUCGGUAUCCUUUAGUGAAUCUGUACAGCUUGCCGGCUUGCACUCUGAUCAUACCGAUGACAAAACUGGAGUGGAAAAGGUGGAACCUAUGUAUGAUUCAAAGCCAGUUUCUGGAAGCCAGCACGGUCCGCAUAACCAAACCAUAGACAGGAGUGGACCGCUCAUUAAAAGCUUGCUGAGGAGAUCCUUGUCCAUGGACAGUCCAGUCCCUGUAUUCUCUCCAGUUUUGGAGCUGAAAGACUCUCAGAGCAGAGAGCAGUCUGUCGUAAAAUUAGCGAUGACGAAAACAUCAGGGUCACCAUCACCUGAAAGCAAGCAUCAGAUUUCCAAACAUAUGCCACCCCUCAUUCUCAGGUCCAAACAGCAUAAUGCGCUAGACAAGGAAGGCACUCAGGGAGCUGAGGUACAAGUCAAAACGGAGCCCAGCAGCCCACUCGCUGACCCCUCAGAGAUCAUACGUAUCACCGUAGGGGACAAUCUACCCGUUAGCUUCAAAGAUUUUCAGGCUAACUUUGACGAAGGCCCUAGAUACUUCAGUCCUUCAAAAAGGAAGAUGAAGCUAGACAGUAGCUCCAACCCGUUUAAGAGAUCCAGGGUCUUAAACGAACACCAGUUUAUGCAUGAGGAUGGCACAUCCGAUGAAACCCCUCACAACUCCAAAGCAGACGACAGCAAUCAGGAACCUGGGGAGCUGAGGCCCAGCAAAAUGUUCAAGUGCUGGAGCUGCCUGAAGGUGUUCAGGUCAAACGCUGGCCUCUACCGGCACGUCAACAUGUACCACAACCCGGAGAAGCCGUAUGCAUGCGACAUUUGCCACAAGCGCUUCCACACCAACUUCAAAGUGUGGACGCACUGCCAGACACAACAUGGUGUGGUCCAAAACCCUGCCCCGUCGUCCAGCUCUUACUCCGUGCUGGACGAGAAGUUCCAGAGGAAGCUUAUAGACAUAGUGCGAGAGCGGGAGAUCAAGAAGGCUUUGAUUAUGAAGCUCAGGAGAAACAAGCAAGGUCUGCAGGCACAACCCUUUGCUAAGAAAAACCGAAGGUCUAGAUCUUACGGGUGUCCCUAUUGCGGAAAAAUGUUCUUUUUCCAGUCGCAUUUCAAGCUGCAUAUGAAAGUGCACACUGCUGAGAGAGCUAGCAUUGAUGCGCAAGAAGAUGAUGAUCUACAUGAGAGGCAGGACCAAGCUGGGCAUGUCAAGGAAAACGAAAACAAAGAUGUGUUUCCCUGUAGGUUGUGCAAUCAGAAACUGCUCUCUCUGGCAGAGCUGGAGGACCAUGAGAGAGCUUGCAGGUAUGCAACAGUCUGCCCUUACUGCGGCCUUAGAUUCUCCAACACCUUGGUGAAAAAGGACCACGAGGCCCACUGCAAGUACAAGAAGCUGACUUGCCUGGAGUGCAUGCGCACGUUUAAGUCCUCUUUCAGUAUUUGGCGGCACCAAGUAGAAGUUCACAACCAGAACAUGAUGACUGUGAGGGAGCAGCUGACCCAAGGCCACCAAGAUGUUAACCGGGAUGCUGGGGAUGCCCUAAGAUCUAUACCGCCACCGUCUAAGGAGUCCAUGGCACGGGUCGAUUUGAACAGCAGAGAAGAAGCAGUUUACAGCGACUCCUCGGCUCCCGCUACCUUCGAUUCCGAGGAUUCUUCGUCUUAUGUCCCAGAGGAUUUGAGCACAGGUCCGAGUGAGCUGAGGGUGAAAGAGGAGCCGCAGGAAGCGGCAGUGACGGACAGGGAACAAGCCACUGGCAAACCUGCACCCUUGGAAGAGCCAGGUGUUUGGCCUUGCGAAAAGUGUGGCAAGCUCUUCAGCUCCCACAAAGACCUCGAAAGGCACCAGGAGCUUCUCUGCCACAUCAAGCCCUUCAUCUGCCACAUUUGCCACAAGGCGUUCCGGACCAACUUCCGCCUCUGGAGCCACUACCAGUCCCACAUGUCAUCCUCAGAAGAUUCGGGGACUAGACAGGUGGACAGACAGCCCUCGUCUCCUUCCACCCCAUCUCCGCCUCUGACCAUCGCUAUCCAGGAGCCUCCAGCUUCAACAGCAUCCCCACCAAAAGUGACCCAGGCUGCAGUGACCAGCUCAGAAGAGGAAUCCCAACGGUCCAAGUCUCCAGUGUCCAAGCCUAAGAGGCUGGAGCAAGAAAAGUCCGAAAACGGAAGUGGGCAACGUGCUCUUGGCCGUUCGGAUAGCUUGGACAAGCCAGUAGCUUCUCAGGAAUCAGACACCCUCUUCUAUCAUGCCCCGACUUUGUCUGCCCUUACCUUUAAGAGGCAGUACAUGUGCAAGCUUUGCCACAGAACCUUUAAGACUGCCUUCAGCCUGUGGAGUCACGAGCAGAGCCACAGUCAUCUGUAAGGGUUAGAGUUAGAGAACCUCAUGUUAACAGUGGAGAUGAUAUUUAAAAAGCUAUCUCAGAGUGCCGGGGGUGUUUCCCAAAGCAGGAUUUCUUGUUAAGCUGCAUAGCUUAAGGAAAAAGUGAGGGUUGUCCAGUGGGACUAACCUUGACCUCACCUUCUAUUGGGCAGGCUUGACUUUUGCCUUAAGUUAUCAUGCUAAUUGUGAUCAAAUCACCAUAAACGGAAGUCGUUCUUUCUGGCUGUGGGCUAAAUUUUUCUCCUGUUACUCAGAUUCAAGUCCAGAUGUAGAGCCUAGGUCGGAGUAUGGCUUUGGAAAAUACAUGGACAGUCUCAGUGUGCACAAGACCUCCAGAUGAAUCAAUUCCGUGAAAAGAAACGUCCUUCUAAGUACAAAUACAACUGAGAUGACACACUUUCCUGCAGUUAUUGGGCAUCAACGGUCAACGGACAACUCUGUGAGAUGCAUGUACAGAGACUUUUACUCUCUUUUGUCUCCUUCGCAUUUCAGACUUGCUGUCAGGUUUUCCAAAAUGUACUAUACUCUACAGGUCUGCUUAGAAACCUGCAAUAACUCUGUUCAAAGUGCUUUGCAUAGGAUGUGCAGGAGUUUUAGUGGCCUUUACCUUUCUUCUGUUCAUUCGCACUUUUAUUAUGUAAUUCCAAAAAAGUCUUUGUUGCGCUCAUUCAGCAGUAAAAGCACAUUAGAUCCAAAUGACUAUUAUUCUCAUAGGCAGUAUUCAGAGGGUGAAAUUAUGGUCGAUGUACUAUACAGUCAUAUGCAAAAGUUUGAACACCCCCAGUCAAAUGCCAGGGAUAAAUAUAGCAUUUUGUUGUGAAUUUAAGUGCACAGUUUCCUUUUUCUAGGCUGAGUUUAACACAUUGGGGAGAAAAAAUAACA